AUGGCAGACCGGCCGCUCCAUUUCCUUCCCGACUCGGUCACCGUAACCCUCUCCGAAUCCAUCUCCCUCAUCGGGACCCUCCUAUACCUCCAUCUCCUGCGCGGCCUAUCAUACCUCGCCCAGCAAAUCGGCGACUACACACAGUCAGAACAACCGUUCAAAAGGUCUAUCAUCCACACAGAGAACAAGAUCAUUAAACUCUGUCUAGAAAUCGUCCCAGCGUCAGCCUGCCGUGCCGUCCUCGUGGCUACAGGCCAACUGCACGAGGAUUACCCCGGUCCAGUUAUCCCAGUCAGCAAUGGAAGCCGCUUUUCUAGCAAUAAUACCAUAUUCCUGCAACCUCUAUCCAGUGCACCAUCCAGCGUCUCACACAGCAGUACUCGCCUGCCGCAGUGCUAUCCCGACUCAGCGGCUGAGCGCUCCAUUUCAGCAGAGAACAAUCACACUUUCCGCCUCGAUCCCAGUACUCCUCCGCCUCCCUCGCAGAGCGGAGACGGAGAACAGCUAAAGAACGGUUCUUUUUACGUCACCGUCCAGGAAUAUAUUUCUUCGCCUUGCCUGUCAAGACCUUCUGUCAUGGUCACCCCGCCAACUCACCAGCAGAGAGAAGCAGACAUGUAUUGGCCGAUUCCGCUCCCGCCACCCCCAAGCAUGGCUUCGAUCCUGCAACAAGCCGAAGGCGGCGACUGCGAGUGCGGACCCGUCUUCCAUCUCUUCUCAGACGACGAUCCGGAAACACCGCCGCCGCGCGAGUCCCCCGGCUCGUCACUGCGCACGUUCCACAGUGACCCCGGCCGUCCGUCGAUGUCGUCGUGGGUUAGUGCGAGUGACAACUCGUCAAUGUUGCAGGUGAAGCGCUCGUCGAAGUAUCGCUCGGUGGAUAGCUAUCCGGGCAAGUUCCCUGUUAGUGAGACGGGGGAUUUGGCGGCGCCGUAUUCUGUUCGAGGGAGGGGAGUUACUUCUGUGCGGCCGUUUUCUGAUAUGUAG